UCAAAAUCAGAAAGCAUCGAUCAUUCAGGAUACUUCAUCGCACAAAGAGACAGCCGUACAUCUGUCAGUAAACAUGGCUUUAAGGCGAGCUUUACAUUUUGUUUUUAAAGUUGGAGACCGAACCAAGACAGCAACAUUUUAUCGAGAAGUGUUGGGCAUGACGAUUUUAAGACAUGAAGAGUUUGAGGAAGGCUGUAAAGCUACUUGCAACGGCCCCUAUGAUGGGAAGUGGAGCAAGACAAUGGUUGGCUAUGGUCCAGAGGACAACCACUUUGUUGCUGAGCUGACAUAUAAUUAUGGAGUUGGAGAAUACCAACUUGGGAAUGACUUCUUGGGACUUGUCCUGCAGUCGAGCCAGGCUGUGAGCAAUGCUAAAAGACUUGGGUGGCCCCUGACGAAGGUAGAGGAGGCUCUGUACCUGACCCACGCUCCAGGAGGGUAUCCCUUUUAUCUUGUUGACAAAGAGCAGCCUCCUCAUGAUCCUGUUCAGAAGGUUUGCCUUGGAGUGUCAGACCUCCAACGAUCGAUUCACUACUGGGAAACACUUUUGGGGAUGAAGGUCAUGGAUAAAAACAAUCAAAAGAAGACUGUGCUGUUGGGAUUUUCAGAUACUCAAUGUAAAUUGGAGCUCUGUGACGUCAGUGGGGCAGUCGACCACGGAACAGCGUUUGGGAGAAUAGCGUUUUCAUGCCCGCGAGAGGAGCUACCAAAUCUUGAAGCCUUAAUGAAGAAGGAAAAUCAAAAAAUCCUGACUCCGUUAGUCAAACUGGACACUCCUGGAAAAGCCACAGUAGAGGUGGUUAUUUUAGCUGACCCGGAUGGCCAUGAGAUUUGCUUUGUGGGAGAUGAGGCGUUUAGGGAGCUUUCUGCUGUGGACCCCAAAGGAAAUGAAUUACUUGAUAAGGCUAUGGCAGAGGACAAAAGUGACGAGUGGUUUGCAAAGCACAAUAAACAAAAAGCUGCUGCCUGAAAGGAAGAGGAGGCUUGUGUGGAGAACUGUCUGUGCAAAGCUGAGCUGCUGAAGAAGAAACCUUUUUGUAGCUUGUUCUGUCCAGAGUGACUGUUAAAGUUUCCUGAAAGGCCCUUCCAUCAAGCACUACAAUGGACCACUCUCUCAGAUUGAUGGUUAUUCUCUCAUGAAAUGAUGUAUCUUAUAAUAAGAAGGCAAAUGGAUGUGAAGACAUUUCAGUACAUUGGAUGUUCAGUAUUUUCAUUUUGGGUUUCAAGUUCUGUGCUGCACAGGAAAAAAAUCUAAAUCCUUAUGAGAAGAUGUCACAUGAUCAACUUAGAAAGACAAAUAUGAUUCCUGGUUGGAGGAUUAAAGAACAAAUAAAGCAUCAUAUUUUGUCCUUUUGCUUCAUGUUUUAUGUGGUGAUCAGGUGCUUGCAAUGAUACUGAGCCUGUUUACUACAACAAACAUCGGAUAAUUUUCUUCUUGAGUUAUCGAAGUGUAAAAGUAAUCAUGAAAGCAGCGUAAUCUGUU